GAUUCUUGAUUAUUUCAUACGAUACUGUUUAAAUCUUGUUUAUUUUUCAAAAGAAAUAUUACUUGUUGUCUUUAUAUCUAUUGUAAUAAACUGAUUUAUAUUUGUUAUUAUAUUUUACUGAAAACCCAGAUAUUUAAAAGCUCCAAUCACAUAAAGUUCAAAUUUAAACAAAACAAUGAAUGAUAUACUUAGACCCGAAUUGAUAUGGAUCGAAGGAAGAUGUUAUAGAGUCAACGAUCCUAUAACAAAUGUUACAGCGUUUCAAGAGCAAGAUUUAUACGAAACUGAACUGCCAUAUAAUGAGAAUGAUGAUGAAGAAGAUGAUGAUGAUGAGUUUAAUGAAAUAACAAAAGUAGAUAAUAACAGAUACUUUACCAGUUUUCAUGUCUCUAAGCACUAUUUGGGGUCAAUUAUUGGUAAAAAAGGUGCUACUGUGAGUAGAAUUGGGAGAGAUACAAGAACUGAUAUUAAAAUACCUAGACAUGGAGAAAAUAAGGAUAUUUCAAUAUAUGGAUCAAAUGUUUCUAAUGUUAAAGCAGCUAAAAGAAGGAUAAAUAUGAUUGUUAUAGCAUCUCGAAUGAAACAAAAAUCAACACACUUUAUAUCAAUUCCUCUGAAUCUUCCCAAUAUUAUUGAACAAUUCGAACAUUUUAAGGAUAGUGUUCUUCGUGACUGUUCAAGUACAGGCUUAGAAGAGUCUUUAUUUAUUAGAGCAGAGAAACUUCAUCUAACAGUUGGUGUAAUGUGCUUAAUGGACAAUGAGGAGCGUCUGACAGCCUCAAAAUUACUUACCGAAGCCAGAGAAAAAUGUAUAAUGCCAUUGCUGAAUGAUUAUCAACCGCUUCAAAUAAGAUUGAAAGGAUUAUCGUAUAUGAAUGAUGACCCUAAGGAGAUAAAUGUUUUGUAUGGUUGUGUUGAAGAGGUCAACGCUCCUUCUGGAUUACUUCAGAGAGUUGUUGAUAAUAUUGUAUCACAUUUCUAUAAAGCAGGUUUCAUGGAUAAAGUAUAUGGUCGUGAUAAUGUUAAAAUGCAUGUUACAUUAUUGAAUUCAAAAUAUAGACGACAACAAGAAAUUGAUGAUGAAGCAAUUUCUAAACAAAGAAAAAAACAAGAAACGUUUGACGGUUCUCAAAUACUAUCAAAGUUUGCCGAUUACGAUUUUGGCACUGUAGAACUUAAUAACAUAUAUUUAUCUCAACGCAAAUCUACGGGACCCGAUGGAUAUUAUCAAUCAACAUGUGUUAUUUCUUGUAAAAAUCAAUAAAUUAU